AGACCGAACAUCAUCAAAACAAGAAAACACAUUUGUCCAAAGAUCGCUUGUUUCUACGAUUUCCAGAUUAUUUUCUAUCAGGUCAACGUUUUUUUCAGCAUUGAGGAGAUGUCUGAUCAUCUGAGUUCAUGUACCGACCGUCUCGUUACAUCUGAUCACUUAAACACAGAGAAGGUAUCCAAUGGAGAAAGUUCUAAAGCUCAAGGCGCCACAAGCAUGUCUUCUACUAAACCUGAGGAAGUAGAAGAAGAAAGACAUGUCACUAAUGAAGAGGAACCACUUAUUCAAUCAGUUGAAUGCCGUAUUUGUCAAGAGGAAGAUUCUGUUAAAAACCUCGAGUCUCCAUGUUCUUGUAUCGGCAGCUUGAAGUAUGCUCAUAGGAAGUGUGUUCAACGUUGGUGUAAUGAGAAAGGCGACACUAUCUGUGAAAUAUGCCACAAGUCUUAUCAACCUGGCUAUACAGCUCCACCACCACCUCCUCCUGAUGAUACUAUAAUCGAUAUCCGUGAAGAUUGGGCUAAUGGUGUGCCCUUAGACUUAAACGACCCGCGCAUUUUAGCAAUGGCGGCUGCAGAACGCCACUUCUUUGAUGCGGACUAUGAUGAAUAUGCUGAUGCCAACUCUAGUGGAACUGCUUUUCUUCGCUCCGCUGCUCUUAUAUUAAUGGCACUUUUGUUGUUACGUCACGCUAUGAACCUUUCAAACAACACCUCAGACGAUGGAGAAGAUGAUCCCUCAGCUUUCUUCUUUCUUUUCAUGCUACGUGCUGCUGGUUUUCUCCUCCCUUGUUACAUUAUGGCUUGGGCAAUCAGUAUAUUACAACGCCGUAGACAAAGACAGGAAGCAGCAGCUCUGGCGGCUGCAGAAGUUGCGUUUAUGUUACACAAUGGCGGUGGAGUUCAACGCAGAGGAGGAUUGCACUUUGGUGUAGCACCUGAGCUGAUACCGAGUCCACAACACCAACCUGAAGCUUCACCGUAAUGAUUAUAUUCUUGAUCACUAGUAAAAGAAACUAAAGAACAUCAUCCAGGGCUUUGGUUUCUCUGUCUGUAGUAGCUGGUUGUUGUUUAUUCGGUUCUUGUUCUGAGCAAAACACGAAACUGAGAUUAAAAUACAAUACGGGAAGUUUCUGUGUCUAUGUUCUUGCAGACCAGAAAAUAAAGAUUGUUCACCAAUCAAUUUAAUAAAUUAUGUAUAUGCUUUUAAUUUUCUUUUGGUAGUUCUUGAUAUCAUUAUGUAGGUUUUGGUAUAACGAAUAAAUCAUUCUCUU